CAGCAUGGUAUGCGUACUGGAGAUGCAGAAACCACGUAGCAGAAAGCUUUGAGCAGUUGUGGAUUAUCAGUUUCUCCCAACAGCAAUAAAAAGUGAAGCAUGAAGGCAACUGGAUUUAUUUCCCUAUGGACGCUGGUUUCACUGCCUUGUGGCCAGUUAGCAAAUACUGCAGAACAUGAAGAUGUAGUAAAGCAUGCAAUAAAGCUGCACCGUGGGAAAGGAGCUGUUAUCACGCAGAGAAAGCAGUGGGUGUUGGAGAGCUGCAGAAAACUAUCUGGUCUUCUUCGCCAGAAGAACGUUGUUCUCAACAAACUAAAAAAUGCUAUAAGAGCAGUUGAGAAGGAUGCAGGACUGUCAGAUGAAGAGAAACUUUUUCAGGUGCAUACCUUUGAAAUUUUCCAAAAGGAGCUAAAUGAAAGUGAAAACUCGGUCUUUCAAGCAAUCCAUGGCCUCCAGAGAGCUCUACAGGGUGAUUACAAAGAUGUUGUAAAUAUGAAAGAAAGCAGUAGACAGAGACUGGAAGCCUUGAGAGAAGCUGCAAUUAAGGAAGAAAUGGAAUACGUCGAACUCUUAGCAGCAGAAAAACAUCAGGUUGAAGCCCUUAAGAACAUGCAGCAUCAAAACAAAAGCCUGUCAAUGCUUGAUGAAAUUCUAGAAGAUGUCAGGAAGGCAGCUGAUAGAUUGGAAGAGGAAAUAGAAGAGCAUGCUUUUGAUGACAACAAAUCUGUAAGAGGUGUAAACUUUGAAGCAGUUUUAAGGGUGGAAGAAGAUGAAGCCAGCUCCAAAAGAAAUGCUUCAAAAAGAGAAGUAGAGGAUGACUUAGGUCUUAGUAUGCUUAUUGAUUCCCAAAACAAUCAGUAUAUCCUUACCAAGCCCAGAGAUUCAACCAUUCCUCGUGCUGAUCAUCAUUUCAUAAAGGUAAUAAUUUUGGAGGCAUUCUUGUCAUUCGUUUUG